GAUGACCCUCGCAGCUUCCAUCCCUCCAAAGUCUCCAACCACCAGGCAGCUUUCUCAGACAGAUCAUCGCCUCCCAAGGCCCGAGAUCACCUACGUGCCAUCUCUAGUAGUCCUGACCGCCGGCCAGGCUGGAGAAUUUUGCAGCCGGAUCUGUACAGCGAGGGCAAGGACCGCAGGAAUUCUGUUGCCAGCCCUACCAGAGGUCAGAGGCCCCAUCUCUCCACUCCCGCCAGUGGUCAGGCAGCCACGAUUCCCAGCUUGGGCCCCCUAGCCGGGACACCAGUGCUGACAGAGCUUCCCUCUUUGCUGCUCGGACCCGUCGAAGCAACAGCUCGGAGGCCUUGAUUGAACGAGCCCCUUCAGAAGAGCCCCUCCUGCCCACUGCCCCUCCGUUUAAGAGUGCCGAGGCCCUGACCCCUUGCAUCUCUGGCCGGACCCCUCGCCCACCGUACAACGAUCUCCUCUUGGACUAUUACCUAGAACGCCGGAGCUGUGGGGGUGGUGAGCAUUUGUCUCGCAGAGACGGGCCCCCCCAGCUAGAGUGGGGAGCCUUUUCCGAAAGCCCGCUUCAGCGCCGAGCCCGACCCGCGGCCCGCACUAAAUCCUGCGGGCCGCUGCUGCCCCCACAGUCCCGCGAGGUUGGUUAUGGGCCCGCCUUGCCUCCUCAUCGUAACUUCCACAAAGCGCUUGCUCUGGAGGGGCUCCGGGACUGGUACUUACGCAACGCCGGAGUUACCCAGCGGGGGGCGCCAGAGAGACGAGGACCAUCUCAGUCUGUACAUCAGCACCUGCGUGGCUACUGUGAUCCGGGACCCUCCAACCCCGACGUGGGAUAUUACGGGGGGCCAGGAGGUGGACUGCCUCACUCCGUGAGCUACGCAGGGCAGCCACUCUAUGGCAGGUAUGCAGCCCGGUUUCUUCCUUUACCCUGACAAGCUCAGCAGGCCUGCUCCCCUUUCCCUCACUUGCCUAAGGCCAGCCACGUGCCUCUUCUCUCUCUGCUCUCCCCACUCUUUCUUUGGUGUCACUCCCCCUUUUUCAAAACAACUGGUGCUUCUCUGGCAUUCUAAACUGUUUGGAAGACCUGGGUGAGGAAGAGAAGGAAAAGGAAGGAGGCAGGUGACCUUAUAAAGCAGGUUUCCCUAAGUCACCUCCCCUCUGCUGGCUGGGGACAAUGGGAGUUAAUGUCUCAAGCAGGGGUCUCCAACCUUGGCCGCUUUAAGACUUGUGGACUUCAACUCUCAGAAUUCUGGGACUUGAAGUCCAC